GCGCCCCUUUAUGUUUGAAUAGCUCUUUAGACCGUUUCAUUCUCUCUAUUUCUCUCUCUUUCGCUUAAAGCUUUUUUCUGGAUUGAAUUCGAAGGGGUAUUUGCAGAUCCCUCAGUCUCUUCUGACUCUACUUCGAAAUUUGGAUCUGCAAAUGCGUACCGUUGUGAUUGCGGCAUCGUUUCUCUCUCGCAGAUUUUCAAUUCGCAUUUUGAAGCUCAGUUCGCCUGUGCCUUGGAAGGAUACUCUUGUUACUUGUUAGGGAGGUUUAUAAUGAUUUGGAGAUCAUAUUCUGGAGAGAAUCGCUAUCUAGUGGGCAUUGGGUUAUGCAGCUUUAUUUGUCAAUCGAACAAUGGACAGUGACAUGAUAACUUCUACUCCGUCAGACGGGUGCAGUGAUGGCAUUCAGAAGAUGCGACCUCUACAUGGGAGGACUAGUGGCCCUACAAGGCGUUCUACUAAGGGACAAUGGACAGCUGAAGAAGAUGAGAUUUUGCGUAAAGCCGUCCAGAGUUUCAAAGGGAAGAACUGGAAGAAAAUAGCGGAGUGUUUCAAGGAUAGGACUGAUGUGCAGUGCCUGCAUAGGUGGCAAAAGGUUUUGAAUCCAGAACUCAUAAAAGGCCCAUGGUCAAAAGAGGAGGACGAAAUAAUUAUUGAAUUGGUGCACAAAUAUGGGCCAAAAAAGUGGUCAACCAUCGCACGACAUUUACCCGGACGUAUUGGAAAGCAAUGCCGAGAAAGGUGGCACAAUCAUCUUAAUCCUGCCAUCAACAAAGAGGCAUGGACGCAGCAGGAGGAGUUGGCUUUAAUUCGUGCCCAUCAAAUUUAUGGGAACAGAUGGGCAGAACUAACCAAAUUCUUGCCGGGAAGGGGAGACAAUGCUAUAAAAAAUCACUGGAACAGUUCUGUAAAGAAAAAAUUGGAGUCUUACUUGGCAUCAGGUCUAUUGGAUCAGUUUCCAGCCCUGCCUCUUGGCACAAAUCACCAUCAAUCCAUGCCUGCAUCUUCUUCUAGGAUGCAGAGUAGCGGCGAGGAUAGUAGUCAUAGAUCUGGCAGGGAACCCGAAGAAAUAUCUGAAUGCAGUCAGGAUUCAAAUGUUGUUGGGUACUCUCAGUCCGCAGGAGACUUAGUAAAUUCAGUUAUACAUACAAAGGAGGAAUUCCAGUUGACCGAAGAGUCUCAACUACGAAAGGAGCAUAGCUCCAGUUCAGGCUCUUUUCAUACCCAGGACAUACCUUUUGAAGGAGGUUUCUCUUCCAGCUUUCUUCAGCAGAAUCUCUCAGAUAACGCUGGGAGUUCUGCAAGUAGAGAUCACCAGUUUAAUAUGCAUGAAUUGCCUAAUAUAUCUUCACUGGAACUCAGGCAGGAAUCAUCAGGGUUGCCAAGUCAUUGUACAGGUACUAAUGCAAGCCACAAAGUGCUGAAUGCUACCUUACAAACGUCAAUAGGGCGUAGAGCUCCUGCUUCCAUGGAAAAUAUGGCUGCAACUCAUGCUAAACAGGGGCAUGUGCUCAUAUCUGACGAUGAAUGUUGCAGGGUCCUAUUCUCAGGGGCAAUGAAUGAUGGAUGUUUUCCCUCUGAAGAUCUUACCAAAGGUUCAAGUUUGGCUGACUUGGUUGGAUGUUCAGAUUCAAUACUUUGCCAACCAUCAAAUUUCCAAUCACCUGAAAGCAGCAGAACUUUGGUCUCACACUCAUACUAUCCUUCAAGGUCUGAUGUACUUCAAACUUCAUGCUGUCAACCUUCUCUUUCUGUUCCUUCACUGCAUGCAGUGAGUGAAGAUGCAAUUGUAUAUGCUAGGGCAGUCGAUCAGUUUAUUGGUCAUCCUUUCGGAAUUCAAGAGCAAGAGUUCGUUUCCGGAGAAACCGAUGGCUUUAUAUAUACCACUGGUUCUGCCAACUCCCUUUCUGGUGAUGGUGCAGAUAACUCUGGCCCGCAAGAGCAAACUUUUGAGAUAAGGGAAUCUUCAAAACUAGUACCUAUGAACUCAUUUGGUUCUGGAUCAGAUAUAAUGCAAACUUGCCCUCCUGUCGAUGAAAAACCCAGUGUGCUCACAGAACAGCAGGAUGGAGGAGCUCUAUGUUAUGAACCUCCUCGUUUUCCAAGCAUGGAUGUUCCUUUUUUAAGUUGUGAUCUCAUACAAUCUGGAAGUGACAUGCAGCAAGAGUACAGUCCUCUGGGUAUUCGACAGUUGAUGAUGUCCUCUAUGAACUGCUUCACGCCAUUUAGGUUGUGGGAUUCACCAUCUCGGGAUAGUAGCCCUGAAGCUGUGUUGAAAAGUGCUGCUAAAACUUUCACAGGAACUCCAUCCAUUUUGAAGAAACGAAACCGCGAUUUAUUGUCACCUUUGUCAGAUAGAAGAGCAGACAAGAAACUGGAGAUUGACGUGACAUCCAGUUUGAGCAAAGAAUUCUCUCGUUUGGAUGUUUUGUUUGAUGAUAGUGGGACUGACAAAGAAUCUCCAAUGUCCUUAUCAUCUAAUCAUAAAAGGAACUCUGUGGCUUCCAUUGAUGAAAAAGAAAAUAUGGAUCCUGCUUUCGAAGUUGGACGAGAGAACCAGAACCAGAGAACUCAUUCUCCUAAAUCAAUUAUUAGCGUAUCGGACAAAGACUUUAAUAGUGAUCAGUUUCAGGAGAAAAUGAAUCAAGGGGAUGGUAAAAACAACGUUGAUCCUGAUACUAGUCUCCGAAGUGUACAACAGCAAUGUGGGGUUCUUGUUGAGAGGAAUGGUCCUGAUGAUACCUCAGAUGAUAGAAUAUCAGACAAGCAUUUUUUGAGUGGUAAUUCUAAAAAUAAUGUAAAGCAAGGGAUCACUGAUACUGAUACUAAAACUAACCUUGAUCCUGAGGCCGGUUCCCAAACUAUAAAGCAACAACGUGGAGUUCUUGCUGACCAUAAAAUGAAAGAUCUGUUAAUUGUUUCUCCUGACCAAGUUUCAAUUAAAGUGGAAAAACGAUCUAGCUUCAGUGCUCAAACAACAAGAAACCAAUGUACUAAGAGGUUGGGAGCUACACCAAGUCGAGUUAUGACAUCAGAGUCUUCAUCUGGAAAUCCAUGUCUAGUUGUUUCCUCUCCUUCUGGUUGGGGAAAGAAUCUUGAUAGUCACCCAAAAGCAGUUAACUUGGCACAUCCUGUUCGUCCAUCUCUACCAUUAGAAAAUAUGGUCAACCAUGCUGGGAAUGAAAACUCUAGCGUAUUUAGUGAAACUCCGUUCAAAAGAAGUAUUGAGUCCCCUUCUGCGUGGAAGUCCCCUUGGUUCAUCAAUUCUUUUCUUCCUGGCCCAAGGAUUGAUACAGAUAUAACAAUUGAGGAUAUUGGGUAUCUUAUGAGUCCAGGCGAAAGAAGCUACGACGCCAUCGGGUUGAUGAAACAGUUAAGUGAGCACACUUCAGCUGCAUAUGCAGAUGCCCUGGAGGUACUAGGAAAUGACACUCCAGAAACAAUAUUAAGGCGAAAAUGCUCCAAUAUUCAGAAUCUCAACCAAGAGAAUCACACUUUACAUAAUGAGACAGAGAACAGGCCCCAUUUGGCUUCAAAUGUUUUGAGUGAGUGUCGUGUUCUUGACUUCAGCGAAUGUGGGACUCCUGGGAAGGAAACUGCAAAGGAGAAACCCUCGACUGCUGUAAGCUUCUCAAGCCCCUCUUCCUAUCUUUUGAAAGGUUGCAGAUAGUGUUGCUCAAACCUUACAUUGUCACUAUUAUUUGUACUAAUUGUUUCUAUAUAUAGUUCUCGUCAUUUUUUCCAUUGCAUAAAUAUUUUGGGAGAGCCUUAUGAUUCCUUCACUUUUGUCCCUCUUUCUAGAUGAUCUUCCAUU